AUGCUUCCAAUAGAAAAAGAAAAUUCAAGAGUUGCUACAACUAAACCAUUAGAUGAACUUUUUACUAAUGUCGGUCAAAAGUUUGAGACAGAGACCGUAAAGCAUGAAGGCUAUCGUUUUGACUACCCAUUAAGAUGGCUAAGAGACCCAUCUGUCACAAAAGCUAUUGGCUUUCGUAGAAUGAAGUUCAUUUCAGAAGCCAUACAUGGUUUCCCAUUUACGGUCGGUUUUGAAGUUCGAUACUAUAACAAAGAAAAACGUAUGUAUGAGAAAUUUGAACAAGGAAAACUUUUACAAGUUAAUUUGCUUAUAAACUUAGAAACAACUCUUCAAGCUUUUCAAGAAAAAAUAAACGAUAUCUAUAUUGAAUAUGCAAACCAGUUUAACAUUGACGAAGGAGAAUACCAUCUCGAUAUUAUUUAUGACAGGAAAAAUGCAACUGUUAAAAUCAAUAAAAUAGAAGACCUUGGAGAAAACGUUUAUAUUUCUACAAAAUAUAACAACUUGGCAUG